CGGGCUGUAAGGCGUAAAAAAAUACCAUAAAAAUAUCGAUACAUUUAUGUUAAUACUUUAAUAUGUUCUGGAAAAAAUUAUUUAGGAAUUUUAAUUGUUUUUAGCCGUUUGUCUAUGUUAAUCUUAUAAUAAAGUGGUUUAAAUCCGCGUUAAAUCAUAUUCAAGUGCAUAACUAUCAUUCUGAAACAUAUUAGGUCCGCGCAUAUAAAUGUUUAUAUGCCUAUUGAUUUAAAUAUAAAUGUACUAUUAUUAAGACAAACAAAAAGAGGAUACCAAUUAUAAAUCAUACGCAUGCUUUUGCAUGGAUACUUAUUAAUAUGCAAUUGAUCGCUGUUCCUAAUGAAAUGAAAAAUGCCACAAAAAUCAAUUAUUUGAUAAAGAUUGGUUUUCAAUAUAAAAAAACAUACACCAAAAAUAGAUUGAUGUUCACUAAGUGGCAUUCCAUUUUCAAUUCGGUGUCGAAUCUUUUUAUUACUAAACAGUAAAAUUCACUGUCCUAAAUGGAAUAAAAAUAGCAAAUUAUAUUAUCACAAACUAGGAUCCAUUAUAAAGGUAUAAUUGUCAAGUAAUUUGCACCAGUCAAACUAAGAAGUUUAUCCGAGGGAUCGUAUCGUAAUGAAUUCAGUUCAAGGUGCUAUAAAAAAGAAACUGGAAAAAAGUGGGCAAUUAAAAAAAAAUUGGCUCAAUCAGUACUACGGUGUAUUCACAUUAAGAUUUAACAGGUUGAUUGGCGUCCUGCUCAGCGGGGCAAGAUUAAGCUUGGAUAUUUUGCAGAAGGAGUACAUCAAACAGUUCUUUUUUGAAAAGAGCGUGGGAAGCGGAGGAACUUGCUUUAAACCUAUCUCAUGUUUUGGAUGAUUAAAGAAAAACUGGGGUAGAAGCCCUGCAAAAGAAAAGCAGGCUCUACGUCUCUCAGGUCACCGUGUGCAAUUUUUAUUCAGAGGACGGCAGCGCAAGAAAACGCGUUUUAAACUGUUAACGGUGAAACAUGUGACAUUAAUUAUUAAAAUUAAACACCGUCCUUUGUUUUUAUGCAAGUUGAGUAGGCCAAACCGAAUUAAAAUGAUAUAUGUGAAAUCUAUUGCUAGUUUUCUAUACUGCUUCAGAGUGAUAUUUUGUAAAGUACUGGUGUGCAGCUGACAUUAUCGUCGCUCUAACUUUUGAAGUCUCUAAACAAAAUAGUGAAAUUACCUGCUUCCUCAUUUCUAAUUGCUUUAAAGAUGUUUACAAGUCAGGGAAACGCUAAUGAAAUUGCUAUUUCUCGAAGUGAGACGUUGAAGCUAAAAUCAUUAUCAGAACUGACUAAAAACCAAAAAAGUGGAGAUUUGGAUGUUGAAUCGGAGGAUGAUCUUACGUUCUCUCGAAUUGCUUCUAAAAAUAAACUUUUGAAGCUUAGCUGGUGGCAUUCACCCACUCAAAUACACGAUGUAGAGGAGACAUUAGUACAGCAUAGAAAAAAUGAUAAAGAACCCAGCAAUAAAACCAAUAAGGUUGAGAACAAUAAUACUUUAGCUAACGGGUGUACAAACACGCCAGUAAGAUCUGUCCCGUUACUCCAGUAUAAUCGUCCUGUCCAGGAACGCAUCAAUGAUGAAAAAGAAGCAAGCAUUCACGAGCCAAACGUCGAUGAAUUUUUUCCGAAAGAUUCACACCGACUCGUUGAUGAUACUAAACCAUGUACUGGAAUUUUGAAUCAAGAUCAGGAAGAUCAGAUGAAAAUAUGCGGCUACCGUCGUUCUCAUAUACGAACUGUUUUUUGCUGGGCUUGUAUUAUUUUAACUGGUGGUCUACUGCGACUCGUUUUAUACUGGUGGCGCCAUUUGUACCUAUUUGCCACAUGCUCUCAAUGUUCAUUGGAGGAGGCAGAACAAGUUUUGGUAACAGAGGAUUAUCAAGGAAAGCACAAACUGUAUCACGUAAAGAAAAUUCAGGUUCUAACUGUGAACCACCUUAAGGCAUUGUUGCUUAAGGACCUGUCGGGCACAGAAGUCAUGAGUUUAGAAAGUGAAAAUGUUGAAAACGCGUUGCAACUAUCGGUUCACUUUACCUCUGCGCAGUUCAAAAAAUGUUCAUCUUUACGUAUAUUUCGGUGCAAGCAAUUGGUCUACGCUUGGAACAACAGUCUGAAUUGUUUCCAAAGGAUAAAUGGUCUCGACUUAAAUGUUCCUUGCUCAUAUUAUCACCAACAACGUGGAUUAACCUUGAAUGAACAGAUUUCUAGACGAGUAGUUUUCGGGGAAAAUCAAAUAACUGUGCCACUGCGAGAUAUAAAAACAUUGCUUUUUUUGGAAGUACUUAACCCUUUUUACGUUUUUCAAAUAUUCUCAGUGAUUCUAUGGUUCACAUAUGACUACUACUACUACGCUUGCGUAAUACUUUUGAUGUCAAUAUUCGGUAUAACUGUAUCUAUUUUGCAAACUAAAAAGAAUCAAGAUGUGCUUCAAAAAACAGUAUAUGACACUGGUAAUGUUUGUGUUGUUGAUCAUAAAGGUCUCUCCAAAGAGUUUCCAACGCGUGUCCUAGUACCGGGAGACAUAAUUGAAAUACCUUCUUCAGGCUGUACUAUGCAGUGCGAUGCAGUAUUAUUAUCAGGAAACUGUAUUUUAGAUGAGUCUAUGCUUACUGGCGAAAGUGUACCAGUGACCAAAACUCCAUUGCCAUCGAAACGUGAAAUGAUAUUCGAUAAAACAGAGCAUGCCAGGCAUACACUAUUUAGUGGUACAAAGGUUAUUCAGACUCGAUAUAUUGGAUCAAAAAAAGUAUUGGCAUUUGUGAUAAACACUGGGAACAUAACAGCCAAAGGGGAACUAAUACGAUCUAUUCUUUACCCCCCACCUGUAGACUACAAGUUUGAACAAGAUUCUUAUAAAUUUAUUCAGUUCUUGGCAUUAAUUGCUUGUAUUGGAUUUAUUUAUACGCUUGUAACAAAAAUAUUGCGUGGAACGGAUCCCGUUAAAAUAGCAGUUGAAUCUCUGGACCUUAUAACAAUUGUAGUCCCACCAGCACUACCAGCGGCAAUGACCGUCGGUCGAUUUUAUGCACAAAAGCGGUUAAAGGCUAGUGAAAUAUUUUGCAUUUCCCCACGGUCUAUAAACGUAGCAGGAAGCAUAAACUGCUGUUGCUUUGACAAGACUGGUACUCUUACUGAAGAUGGACUGGAUAUGUGGGGGGUUGUGCCAAAAUCAUCAACUAAUCAAUUUCAAAUACCCUUAAAAGAUGUGGAGCGUCUGCCUUAUGAUCAUUUUCUUUUCUGCAUGGUAACGUGUCAUUCUAUCACAGUAAUGAAAGGCACAAUGAUGGGAGAUCCGUUGGAUUUAAAAAUGUUUCAAUCAACGGGUUGGACACUAGAAGAUUCUAGUAACAUACCAGAUAAUGAGAAAUAUGGUAUUAUUUACCCAACAAUUUUAAGACAACCAAGAAUUUGUGGAUCCGAUUCUACUUCCCUAGAUAUGGGAACUAAAGCUCAAAUUAAACGACAAUCCUCUGUAGACGAUUUACUUGCCACUGUUGGCAUCUCGCAUACUCAAAAGAAUUUUGAUCAUGGUAUCGUUCGAGAAUUUCCAUUUACGUCGAGUCUUCAGCGAAUGUCUGUUAUUACUCGUUGUCUCAGCGACCAAGUGUUUAAUAUUUACUGCAAAGGUUCCCCUGAGAUGUUGCAAAAGCUGUGCACUCCGCAAAGCUUACCCGACAAUUACUCCCAGCAAUUAUCGGCAUUUGCCAAAAAAGGAUACCGAGUUAUUGCCAUUGCCUUCAAAGCUCUUGCCCACAAGAUGAACUAUACAAAAAUACAGCGACUAUCCCGCGAAGAGGUUGAAAACAAUCUGGAAUUUCUUGGGUUCGUUAUACUUGAAAACCGUCUAAAACAUGAUACUGCUAAAGUUAUCAGUGCUCUAAACUCAGCCAAUAUUCGAACUAUUAUGAUAACUGGCGAUAACAUAUUAACCGCCAUGAGCGUUGCUCGUGACUGUGGCAUCGUAAGUACAUCACAAGCAGUUAUUACAGUGCACGCAGAUUCCCUUAAUGAUGGUGCGCAUACUCAGACCAACCCCACUGGAUCUGAAUGUAUUGUUGAUAAAAAUCAAGAUAUACACUACAAGUUACAGUAUACUUUAGAUUUGGGAAGUAAAAUCUCUUCGUCUUCUCAUUUGACAUCGACUGCUAAUGGUAAUGUUUUUCCCAACGAAAAUGGUACAAGUGUAUGUAGCGUCGAUGGUGCUUCAACACUUUUUCGCCUAGAGUCGACGAAUUCAUUAGUUAAUGAAUUGAGCUCAAGUUAUGCAGAAAGUGUUUUGCCGACAAGUGAUAGUUUGGCCAGUGUAAAGACCACCGACACUUGGACCCACAAUGAGGGAUCCGAUAUUGAUGUUGAGCUCGGAAUAAAACGCCCACAAGACGAAAGCUGGCGCCAACACUAUAUAUUUGCAAUGGAUGGUAAAACUUGGCAAAUAGUAAAAGACCAUUUUCCCGAGGAAAUGGAAAUUCUUUUAACGCGGGGAUCAAUUUACGCUCGAAUGUCGCCGGAUCAGAAACAGGCACUAAUUAUAGAACUUCAAAAUUUGGACUAUUGCGUUGCCAUGUGCGGUGAUGGUGCCAACGACUGUGGUGCAUUGAAAGUUGCUCAUGCUGGUAUUUCCUUGAGCGAGACCGAAGCGUCUAUAGCGUCGCCGUUUACCUCACGCAAUCCCACGAUUUCGGCAGUUUUAAAUGUUAUAAAAGAAGGACGCGCUGCAUUAGUCACAUCUUUCGGUAUUUUCAAGUAUAUGGCAGCUUACUCGCUGGUUCAGUUUAUAUCUGUAAUGAUUUUGUAUUCCAUCGACUCGAAUCUUACCGACAAGCAGUAUCUUUAUGUAGAUCUUGGGCUGAUAUCGAUAUUUGCCUUCUUUUUUGGUAAAACUGAAGCAUUUGAUGGAAAUCUAGUAAAACAAGUGCCACUCAGUUCAUUGAUAUCGUCCACGCCACUAGCAUCUCUAUUAAUACAUCUUACUGUUGUAACAGGAUUCCAGGUAACUGGUUGGAUUCAUCUUCAUCAACAGCCCUGGUUUAAACCUUUUCAGCAUGCGGACGAGGAACAUUUGGGUUGCUAUGAAAAUUACACCAUGUUUUGCAUAUCUAGUUUCCAGUACAUAAUACUUGCUUUUGUGUUUUCAAAGGGUGCGCCUUAUCGUAAACCGCUAUGGUCGAACUGGCCACUCUGUUUAGCAUUUAUUGUAAAUGCUUGCGUCAUAGUCUAUUUAGUUAUAUACCCCAGCGACUGGGCAGCCAAUUUUUUUCAGCUAAUUGUACCUCCUGUUAUGAGCUUUCGUUACAUUAUGCUUGUUUACGGAGCAGCAGCAUUUAUUUGUCAUGUUUUUGUCGAGUCCUUUUUAGUUGAAUAUUUAGUCUUCAAAAAAUACCAAGUUAAGCGGGAUCAAAACUGGGUCACAUCGAAGCAAAAAUACAUGCGCCUGGAGUACGACAUUUCGAAAAUAGAUAAUUGGCCACUCAUAACUGAAGUUUACGAACCAAAUAAUUGUACCGACUGGGAAAUAGACCAGCCCACAUAUGUCAGUUUGCGUGCUGAACAAAAUCAUGAUAUGCAACUUGGAAAAUUUCCUGGAUUUCUAUAGAAAAUUUCUUGAAAUAAUAAAAUAUAGUUAAUAAAAAGUGCGAUAAAAUCUCGCCGAUACCUUUGUACAUUUUAGUAUUGCCAAUUGCUUAGUUUUAAAAAAUGCAUAAUAAUCAUUGUAAGGGAUUUAGUCAAAACUAUUUUGUUCCUAUAUAGUUUCGCCAUAUAACUGUAAGAUAUACCAUCCAGCAAAAUUGUACUUACAUCGAAGUAAACUUUGUACAAACUCUUCAUAAUAUGAUUGGUCUUACUAUGUUUAUAAUGGCGGUUAUGUAUUCUUAAUUAUCGUUAAGUGUUUAAUGUUUAGUAAGCGCUCUAAUUUCUUUUUGGCUGUACAUUACUUAAUUCGAGUAGGUGUAACUUAUUUUUUGUUAACUAUUUUCUUCUCUUUCUUAAAUGUAUUAGAUAAUAAAUAUAAUAAAUAAC